ACGUUAUGGAUGGAAUUAAACAGAAAUUGGCUACGAGAAGCUAAUCAAAUCACGCCUCUUAUUACAAACUGGAAAAUAAAGAACUUGGGUAUAUGGGCUUUCGUUUAAUGAAUUCUCUAAAGCUUUACGAAUCGAUUUGCAACAGUCACGAAGUUAAGAUAUUCUUGUCGUGGUGUAUAGUUUAAGAAAAAAUAUAUUUUUAAAAUUCUCUAACAAAUCAUUAUAAGAAUAUUUUAUACCUGUUUGAGGGGGACAAAUUUGGAUGAUACCGAUGAUGGUGGUGUUACAGGUACAAGAAAAAAGAAGAGGUGGUGUUUAUGGGUCAAAAGUAUAAAACCACCAUCACGACCAUCCUCUUAGGUACUUAACUGCGUGAGUUGUCCGGUAUAACACGGUCACAAUUGGAAGGAGAGAGCACCAAGAAUCGCCGCUGUUUUUUUACCUCAUCCGUGCCGGCAAUUUCACUUCUUCGGAUCGCGUAGAGAAUUCAGUGUCACGUGUAUAUACGCAAGAAGUGGAGGAAUACGUUUGAAAUCGAAUUAAACCGAAACUAAUUAAAAUCAAUUUUAAUAAAUAUUUUUGUGUACGGUUUUAUUGUGAUUUUUUCUUUUUUUAAAAAUAAACUUUACGGACUAUAAUUCGUGUUGAUUUUUGUUGGAGGUUCUGAAGAUUCAGUUGGUUUUUUUCUUUUGGAGAUGUCACUUUGCAGAAACGGAUAAGUUUUCAUCGGGUUAUCGUAAUUAUGAAAGUGUUGAAGGUCUCGAUAUUACUGACGCUUUUAGUCGCAGUUAUCGCCGAGGACGAACUUAGACAAUCAACAGAUCUCAAAGAAACUCAAAACAACAAAGAGGUGACCAAAUUGAUACUGAAAAAAUCCGAAUCUGGUCAAGAACAAACAUUUUUUUCAAAGUUAAAGAAUUGGAUUUUUCCCGGAAAUAACAUUACCCCGGUUCCAGAUAGCAAAGCGGUUGCGGGACAUCAUGUUCCAUUUUACGUAGCCCCUCCAAGACCCAUUCAUCCAAACAGACCAGAUUGCGAUCCAUGCAAUAAGGAACCAUGGAUACCUAUUGCAACAAAUUACGGCCAAAACACUUUAAUCGGAUUCGUCCCACAAUCAACAUUUAAUAAUGGUAACGGUGGGCCACAUCAACAAUAUGGGCCACCUUCUAAUAAUUUUGGUGGAAAUUUAAUUCCACCCAACCCAAUUUCACAAAAUUUAGUUCUCAUUCCACCAGCACAAAAUUUCGCUCAACCCAAUAAAAAUUAUGGACCACCGAUUCAAUUAGAUUCUUCGCAAUUAGUACCUCCUCCUCAAUAUGGACCUCCACUUCAAUAUGGACCCCCACAAAUAUCACCAUCAACCCAAUAUGGACCACCAGUUCAACUUGGACCAUCACCUCAAUUAGGAUCAUCUCUUCAACUUGGACCUCCACCACAAAAUAAUCCUCCACCACAACUUGGUCCUCCUCCUCAAUUAGGUCCACCUCCUCAAUUAGGUCCACCUCAACUUGGUCCUCCUCCUCAAUUAGGUCCACCUCAACUUGGUCCUCCACCUCAAUUAGGUCCACCUAUUUAUGGCCCUCCAAAACCACAUCCAAAUAAAAACUAUUUACCCCCUCUCCAAAAUAAUUUCAUUAAUCGCCCACCAAUUUUCCAAAAUCAUUUUGUUCCUCGUUUUGUUCAAAAACCAAGAAAUAAUUUCCCGAUUGGGAUGAAACCGCCUCAUCCGAGUAGUUUUGUAACAAAUUAUGGGGUCCCACCAACUAGUCAGAUUCCAUUUGGAGUUUAUGGUCCACCACCCCAAAAUUAUGGAGCUCCUCCUAUCGAGCCUCCAAAACCGGGACCUUCAGAUAGUUAUGGAAGCCCCAUUUCGGGAUCAAACGCCCAAUUUGCUUUAGGGGUGCAAAAUGGGAAGGGGUAUCUUCCACCACCACCAGCUAUAAGUGAUGUUGGGGUAACACCAUUGCUUAAACUUGAAGAAUUCGAUGAGAUUCUUGAUGCACCUGAUGCACCAAGAUUACCUUUACCUUUGCCAAAUUUAAAUCAGUACCCCAUGGCGCCUUUAAGAGCCCCACAAAAUUUUUUGGUUGAUUUCCAUGUUGAUGGACAAGAAAGCAGACAAAACGAAGUUGUUAAUAAUAAAGAGAUUAUUGAAAAUAAUCAAAUUUUGAAUACUCAACGAAUUCCUCAACAAAACGUAAUAGACCAAAACGAAGUUCAAAUUAUUCCAAGUAUUCCACUUGCAAAUUAUAUUUCUUCGGUUGAGUAUCCAAUAAAUUUAGUGCAAUCACCAAUCGUUGAUGUAGCUGUUAACCCAAUUGAAGAAGUCAAAACAACAAUAGAAAAUACACAAAAAGAAAAUACAAAUCAAUAUGGCCCACCUUUAAAACUAAGCCAAAACCCUAUCGUUGUUGAUAAUUACGACAAUUACCCAUCAAGUUCGAAUCACAACGUUUCUUACACAAACUUUAAGCAGGAUCAUGAAAAAGAUGUCGAAUCAUCUUUUAGCAAUAAAGUAACUGAAUUUAUGGCGCACCCAAGUCAAAUAAACCAAUUACUCCCCCCAAAAGAAAUCGAGAUAAACACAAAACCCCCUUCCGUUGAUUAUUCGAAUUGGGCAGUGUCAAAAACGUACCUUUCCUCAUCAAUGGUCCCACCUACACCAGGUCCAUCAACUUGGUUAACAAAUUUAGGAUUUGGGGAAGAAAUAACUACAACGUCAAAACCGAAUCAAAUCCAAAUUAUAAUCCCUUACACAAAAUUAUCUUUGAAAGGAAAAAAAUCGCCCGUUAAAGAAUUCGAAAAUAAAUUAUCCUUGUACACUUUACCCCCAACAACGGAAUCUGAAUGGUUAAAAUAUAGCGAAGCCCCCACCACCCAACCAGAAGUGAUUAACAUAAAAGACUUCAUAAGGAAUAAAGAAAAGGAAGAGCAACAACAAAACAUUUUACCAUACGAUGUUUUAAAUUUCCAAAAAAAUAUUGAUGAUUGGACGGCAUUGGAAUAUUCGCGAAACAAUUUCUAUGAAUUCAAAAAAUUAAUGUCACCGCCACAAAAUCAAUCGACUUCAAAAGAAAUUCCUAAAAACUUUUUCAUCACGAAAUCUUACGAAAAAAUCACAACGCCGAAAAUUUUCGAUCACGAACCCGCCGGAUCUCAUCAAAAUGAAAAUAAAGUGACGAGUUCUUUUGAAAAUUUCGAAACUAAUCUUAUCGACGAUACGACUAUAUCAAUCAGUACAACCGAAGAAAUUACGACUACCACAGAAUUACCAAUUGAAAGUACAGAUGUUAUUACGGAAGAAUCUAAUAUCAACGAAGUUGCCCCACAAAAAGAAAAAGUUUACGUUGUUACACCGGAAUCUUUGGUGAGAGUUACAACGCCAAAGUCAACAAUAGCAUUUAGUCAUCCGCCGAAAAUCGGUGGUAAAAGUGCUAAACAAAUAAAGGAUGAAUACAAUAGUAAUUUAAGGUUGAUUUUAAGCGAAUGGCCACACCGAAUUAAUAAUUUGGAGACCACUACGAAUAAAUCAACCAGUUCCCAUCCAUUAUUUGGUUUAAUGGGAAUUUCUUCUUAUGUUAACCCAAAGAAUGCAACGAUAGAAACUUAUUCUGGUCAUUCUAAGGUAUUACUUUCUAACGAAAAGAAACAGGUAAUUACGAUUGUGACUCCAAUUAGCGUUUUAAAAAGUGAUAAUUAUCAAGAGGCGACGACAAAUACUUCAAAAACUUAAUGAAAUCUGAGGAGAUUUUGGAAUUAACGAUGCCAUUUGGAGUGAUUUAACACGGGGGAAGUUUAUUUAUUAAUUUAUGGGUUUGAAAUAAGAAAAAAAUGUAUAUAAGAUGAGCUCCAGGAUAUUCCUGUAACCAAAGCGUCUGGGAUUUUUGUUUUAAAUCUUUUGUAUAUUUCAUUUUACGCGUACCUUUAUAUCUGUUACCUAGACUUAAAAUAUUUAUGUAAAUACACUUAUAUACUAAAUGAAGAUGAAAUAAAUCUAUUAGGAUUUUAGAAAAUACUU